AUGGGUGUCUUUGAAAGCAAUCGACACUUACGCAUUUGUGUCAUAAUCUGUUUCUCGAUUGUAGCAGGGACACACUCACUUCAAUGUUUAGGGAGGAAUGGGAAGUACGAGUGUUGUAACGGGUAUAUGUGGAACGAAACAUUGCAGAACUGUGACACAAGGUGUCUCCCAGGAUACUUCGGUAAUAACUGUACCAGACAUUGUAGUCGUGGUCGAUAUGGAGAGGGAUGCACCAACCUGUGUACAGAAUGUGAUGUGUCUCAAUGCAAUGUAUCUUUUGGUUGCCCUGUAUCCACUACAGAAAUUCCUACGCCGAAAUUACGGGCACCAGAGAUGCAAGAAUUGAAUCAGAGAAGUGAGAAAGUAUCAAUGAAAUCGCUUCUAAAAUCAAGUUCCAAAAUUCUAAGAGAAAAAGCACAAGACAUCCCAUGGAAAAUAUUGUCUUUAGCGUUCUCCAUUGCAACAUUUGCCGUAGUAUUGCUGUACAUUGCCAAAAGAAGCUGCAAAAAACCAAACGUUGUAAUGGCACCAAAAGAAAACUCCAAGGUUACAUGGCCGAGCAACAUUGUGGAGGGAUCAAAACGUGGGUAUCAAAACUACCAACCUUUGCAUAAUGAAGCUGUAUUCAAUGGAACGGCCAAUGUUACCAUCAACAUGGAUACUGAGGAGAAGAACUUUACUGUUAUUUUGAAAACUGAACAAUAUAAUGGAAUGUUAACUAGACGUGACACAACAGAGCCAAAAUGGAACAUGGGGAACUCCAUCAAUGAAAGUGGAAAAAUCUAUGAAUCGUACACAAACAGAGAAACUUCAUAA